GUUUAAGCGCACUUAUAUUUGCAACCCUCCUUGGAGCGGAGGAGACCCACCCUCGCGGGACCAGCGUGCGUCACCCACAAUGGUUUCUCCAGGGCUCAUCUUGCUCUCAGGUUUUCUCUGCCAUGUUGCUAUUGCAGGACGGACUUGUCCCCAGCCAGAAAACGUGUCAUUUUCCACCAUUACUCCACUAAAAACAUUCUAUGAGCCUGGGGAGCAAAUCACCUACUACUGCAACCCCGGCUACGUGUCCCGGGGAGGGAUGCGGAGGUUCACCUGUCCUCUCACAGGAAUGUGGCCCAUCAACACUCUGAAAUGCACACCCAGAGUGUGUCCGUUUGUUGGUAUCUUAGAGAACGGAGCUGUGCGCUAUACAACUUUUGAAUACCCCAACAUGGUCAACUUUACUUGUAACCCUGGGUAUCAUCUGAAUGGAACUAAUUCAGCUAAGUGCACUGAGGAAGGGAGAUGGAGCCCAGUUCCUCCCGUCUGUGCCCCCAUAACCUGCCCUCCACCAGCAGUACCCAAAUUUGCAACACUCAAAGUGUACAAGCCAUCAGCGGGGAACAACUCCCUCUAUCGGGAUACAGCAGUCUUUGAGUGCUUGCCACAUCAUGCCAUGUUUGGAAACGCUACGGUUACCUGCACAGCCCAGGGGAACUGGACAGAGUUACCUGAGUGCAGGGAAGUCAAAUGCCCAUUCCCAUCAAGACCAGAUAAUGGAUUUGUGAACUAUCCCGCAAAGCAAGUUCUCCUAUACAAGGACAAAGCCACCUAUGGGUGCCAUGACAGGUACACCCUGGAAGGCCCAGAAGAAGUCGAAUGCACCAAAUGGGGAAACUGGUCUGCCCAGCCAAGUUGCAAAGCAUCUUGUAAGUUAUCCAUUACGAAAGCCACUGUACUGUACCAAGGACAGAGAGUGAAGUUCCAAGAAAAAUUUAAGGAUGGAAUGCUGCAUGGUGAAAAAGUGUCUUUCUUCUGCAAAAACAAGGAAAAGAAGUGUAGCUACACAGAGGAGGCUCAGUGCCUAGAUGGCACCAUUGAAGUCCCCAAAUGCUUCAAGGAACACAGUUCUUUUGCUUUCUGGAAAACCGACGCAUGGGACGUGAAGCCAUGCUGAAGUCGUCUCCAGACCUGCACUGCACACGCGUAUCUGUGUGCUCCAAGGAACCUGGUAGAAGUGGGAAAAUAAAUUUGCUGAAUUUGUUGCCUAAACUACUGCAGUAUCACUCAUCAUGGGAGCUCAGGUUGAGUUAUGUUAUUUGACUAAGACACUCGAAUACGUGGGAUAUCAUUAUUUCAUGGAGUGGAGAGUGUAAGCAAUUAGCUGGGUAACCCAGUUCCCUUCUGCUUACUCCAUCUCAAGCAUUUUACAUAAAACACUUACAACACAACAUUUUUUAUAGACUGGUUCACUGACCUCCCAAAUUGACAUUCACUGUUUACUUGUUACAAAGAAAACUACUGUGUCCUAGAAUUUCCGAGGACAUCCCAGAUUCAUUACACGAUUCAUUACACAAUUCUCAGACAAUUUUUAGGCAGUGUCAGGCUUAAGAAACAUCACCAUGAAGAAAGAAGUGUGGCCCUCCAAGUCAAUAGAACUGGAUCAGAUCCUGGAUGUUGAGUUUAGGUAGCACCCUCAAAAUAAUUCUUUUUCCACUAAGAUUUCAAGAUCCAUCACUGUGACCAUUAAUCCUGAUCUAACAACUUGAUUGGAUUAAGAAACACCUCACAGAUUCGUAAAGGAUUAAGUGAAACAUUAGUAAAGUAUGUCUGCUC